UCUUAGAAAGGCUGAGGGUGAAGUGCGCAAUCACUUGGAGACACUAAAUAAUAAAACCCUUUGUUUGCAGUUCACAUUGGCACUCUCUUCUCUUCCUCACUUUCAAACUUAACCUAAACCCAAACUUGUCGUUUCUUCUCCCAAUCACCAUCGUUCCGCCUACCACUGCGUCAAUGUCGGCCACUGGUGGCGCCGCCAUCGCCGGUGGAAACCGAAACCGUAAUCGCCAUCUCGGUGAGAACCGUUUCUACAGUCCGCCGCCCUUGCGAAAACACAGAGAGAAGCAGGAGCAGCAAAGGUCUUCGUUGUCCAGAACUUCCUCGGAGAACAGGCCCGGUUCCUCUUCCGAUUGUUCGAUUUCUUCUCGUGCCACAUCGGAUAUGUCCAAUUUGGAUCGAUUGUUGGAGCAUAUCACGCCCUUUGUUCCCGCCCAAUAUUUUCCCAAGACCAACUCCAGGAAAUGGAAAACUAGGGAAGCUGAAUUGCAUCCAUAUUUUGUGCUUGGAGACUUGUGGGAGUCUUUUAAGGAAUGGAGUGCAUAUGGGGCUGGUGUUCCUAUAGUGUUGAAUGGGAGUGAAUCCGUGACACAGUAUUAUAAUGUCUCCUUAUCUGCCAUUCAGCUGUAUAUCGAUCCUUCAAAACCCUCCACUAGACUGAGGAAACCCAGUCAAGAAAGUGACUCUGAAUCAGCUAGAGAGACAAGUAGUGACAGCAGCAGUGGCUAUUGUCAUGAAAGAGGAGCUAAGAGUGUUCAUAGCAGUAGGAAUCAUCUUAAUGUUUUGGAUGCAAGCAAUCAUGCUUUGGAAAGGGUCUCACAAGGUAAACCUUUCAUGGGUUCAUCAAGUGAUGAGACUGAGAGCUGCAACCCUCCUGGUCAGCUUAUAUUUGAAUUCUUUGAGCAUGAGUCACCUUAUAAUCGUGAGCCAUUAGCAACCAAGAUUUCUGAUCUUGAACGACAAUUUCCAGAGUUGAAAACGUACUGGAGCUGUGAUCUUUCCCCUGCAAGUUGGGUUUCAUUUGCGUGGUACCCAAUAUACAGAAUACCUACUGGUCCAACAUUACAGAGCCUGAGUGCUUGCUUCCUGACAUACCAUUCCCUGUCAACAGCUCUGCAAAGUUCAAAUACUGAUGGGCUACAUAAUCAUUAUUCAAGAGGUAGGGACAUAUCGAAGCUAUCAUUACCAAUCUUCGGGCUUGCCUCACACAAGUUUAAAAUUUCUGUCUGGGAUCCUGACGGAGUUUCUGAAUGUCAGAAAGCGAACUCUCUGUCGCGGGCUGCUGAAAACUGGCUUAGGCUAUUGCGAGUCAAUCAUCCUGAUUACAAUUACUUCAUGACUCAUUAUACAUAUUUGAGAUGACCGGAGAUUCUCUCAACAGAAGCAGCCCAACUUCCUAAUACCAGUUUAUGUAAUCCCUGCCAGUAUAUUUGUGUUGUCCAUUAAAUUAACAGUUAUUUUUGCAUAUGCUCACAAACGCCUGAAUCACUUGUGUUUUCCUAAAUAGAACACCAGGGUCACUGCUUCAGUAAGGGGAGAAUAGGUAUUGAAAACUAUAUACACCUUUCAGAUUGAAGGGUCUGCUUCUGAUUUCAUACGGAUGCAAAAAAGAACACUAUUAACAAAAUUUAAGCUUUUUUUUUUAUGUCUGUUA